AUGUUGUCAUUUCGUUGCACAUUGUUAUUUCUAUGCUUAUCAUCGAUGGCCGUACUCCCAGCGACUCAAUAUGUCGGUCAGAAACCAUAUUUCUUGAAACAAUCAACCGAAUGUAAAGGACCAAAAGUUUACGAGAUUCGGAAUGUACAAGAUGUGGAUCAAUGCAAAGAGGCUUGUGUCCAGUUCAACUGUGCUGCCGUCAAUCUCUUCCAGUUGGGCGAAUUUCAGUUCAUGUGCGAGAUCUUGAGUCACGUUUACACAUCGAUAUCUCAACAAGGAGCCGCUUGUUAUGUUGGCGGUGGACAGGAGAAUCAAUUGAGUGGAAAUGGCUAUCCGUAUUAUAAUAAUUAU